CCUAUUAAUUAAUUAUGCUCCGAGUGCAUCGUCCCAGACUCAUUUUCAAUUUCAACAAUUUCCUGCAAUCUGAAUUCCCGAGAAAAUUCUCCGAGAAAAUCAGGAUUCGCCUCUCCUUCCUCCUUCUUCGGAAACUCCACCGUUUAAUCGGUCCUCCUUUCUACCCUGUUUGGUUCUUCAUUCAUAAAACCCCCAAGUGUCAACACGUUGGGUUGCCAGUUACUGCUACUGUGCCUCGUUCGGAUCGUCGGAGAUUCGGAGUUGUAAAUCUCAGCAUUCUCAGACUUUUAGGGUUUCUCGAGCUCAGACCUCGCCCUCUCUCUUCUCUGUGAUGGUUAAUCCUAUUACCAUGAGGGUGUCUUUCUCUUUCUUAAAGCACUGCAAAAUUCGAAUGUGAUUAGCAUGUUGAGCAACUAUUGUUUGCCAGGUUCCAGCUUAUGUAUUUGUGAUUAUAUAAUCAGAAGACUCUGACUUAUGAUGCCUCCACGCAGUGGAAGUAGUAGAAGAACAAAUGAAACAAUGAGGCUCAUUAUAACAACUUUUGCUGGGAUUAUUUUUGGCUUCUUUUUGGGAGCGUCCUUUCCAACACUGUCAUUAACUAAGAUGAACUUAAAAUCCACCAUUUUCCCUUCCAUUGAUCUUACAUAUAUUGAGGACAAGUACUCAGGUCUCUCAACCCAAGCACUGUUGAAUAUCUGGUCUUCUCUGAAGCAUAACAGAGGCACCAGGAAUGAAGUUCACAAACGUAAUGAUACAAAGAUUUGGGUACCAACAAAUCCUCGAGGUGCUGAGAGGCUCCCCCCAGGCAUCAUUGAAUCCCAGUCAGAUUUCUAUCUCCGUAGAUUGUGGGGUCUGCCAAGUGAGGACCUAGUUCUCAGGCCAAAGUAUCUUGUAACCUUUACUGUUGGUUAUGAUCAGAGAAACAAUAUCGAUGCAGCUGUAAAAAAGUUCUCAGAGAACUUCACCAUUCUGCUUUUUCAUUAUGAUGGUCGAACAAGUGAGUGGGAAGAAUUUGAGUGGUCAAAGCGGGCUAUCCACGUUAGUGUUCGGAAGCAAACUAAAUGGUGGUAUGCCAAACGUUUUUUACAUCCUGACAUUGUGGCACCCUAUGACUAUAUAUUUAUCUGGGAUGAGGACCUUGGGUUGGAGCAUUUUGAUGCAGAGGAAUACAUUAAACUGGUGAGGAAGCACGGAUUGGAGAUUUCGCAGCCUGGUUUGGAACCAAGUAGUGGUUUUACAUGGCAGAUGACUAGGAAGAAGGAAGACACCGAAGUUCACAAAGAAACAGAGGAAAGGCCUGGCUGGUGCGCUGAUCCACAUUUGCCACCAUGCGCAGCAUUUGUUGAAAUCAUGGCACCUGUGUUUUCUCGAGGUGCAUGGCGCUGUGCUUGGCAUAUGAUGCAGAAUGACUUGGUUCAUGGAUGGGGUCUUGAUUUCGCUCUUCGAAAAUGUGUAGAGCCUGCUCAUGAGAAGAUAGGAGUGGUAGAUUCUCAGUGGAUUGUUCAUCAGACUGUUCCUUCACUUGGGAACCAGGGUCGAGCUGAGAAUGGGAAGGCACCAUGGGAAGGUGUGAGGGAGAGGUGUAGAAGAGAGUGGUCGAUGUUUCAGGAUAGAAUGAUUGCAGCAGAGAGGGUCUAUUAUGAGGUGAUGGGAAUUGAUCCACCCAAUUCCACAGUUCGUUGGACAGACAUAUAGACAACUAUCUUAGUGGAGGUUUCGAAGCUGCCAAUCCAUUCUCAGGGUUCUAUAGUCAUGGUGGUAGCUUGAGAAGCAAAGAAGAGACUCAUUGUUCGUUUUUUUUAAGUUUUUCAAAGUUUCCUUACAUGGCAUUGUCUCCUUUUUGCUUGGGUAAUGAAGAGAAUCAGAGUACUUUAGAAUUAUCUCUUAACAUUAUUUGGGAAGUUAUUACUCAAGCAACAAGAAAUUUUCAUCAUUGCAUGUCUUUCAAAUCAAUUGACCUUUAAAAUUACUUACCAUAUUGUAUUGUUGGUAUUAGGGGCUUCUCAUUUGAUGUUUCAUUUGCCAAUGUUGGUGGCAAAAUUAGAAGUACUCAAAUCAACAGAUUCAAGCCUUGUUGCUUGGGCUAGUAUUGGCUUUCUAACUGUCCAGGGAUAUGUAGAAUUUUGGGA